CCAGGUGUCCCCAGUGUCCCCAUGGAGCUGCUGUUCGGGCGGCGGCGCACGCCGGAGGAGCUGCUGCGGCAGAACCAGCGCGCUCUGGGCUGUGUCCCCUCAGUGUCCCCAGUGUCACAGUGAUGUCACAGUGUCCCAUUGAUGUCCCCAAUGUCCCCAGUGUCCCCAUGGAGCUGCUGUUCGGGCGGCGGCGCACGCCGGAGGAGCUGCUGCGGCAGAACCAGCGCGCUCUGGCCCGCGCCGUGCGGGAGCUGGACCGCGAGCGGCAGAAGCUCGAGGCGCAGGAGAAGAAAAUCAUCGUGGACAUCAAGAAAAUGGCCAAGCAGGGCCAGAUGGACGCGGUGCGGGUGAUGGCCAAGGACCUGGUGCGCACGCGGCGCUACGUGCGCAAGUUCAUCGCCAUGAGAGCCAACGUGCAGGGGGUGGCACUGAGAGUGCAGACCCUGAAAUCCAACAGCGCCAUGGCCAGCGCCAUGCGGGGGGUGACACGGGCCAUGGCCACCAUGAACAGACAGCUGAAGCUGCCGCAGAUCCAGCGCAUCCUGCAGGAGUUCCAGAAGCAAUCCGAGCUCAUGGACAUGAAGGAGGAGCUGAUGAACGACGCCAUCGACGACGCGCUGGGGGACGAGGACGACGAGGACGAGAGUGACGCCGUGGUGUCGCAGGUUCUGGACGAGCUGGGGCUGAACCUGACGGACGAGCUGGCCACGCUGCCCCCCCCGGGGGGGUCCCUGGCCGCGGGGCAGGGCCGGGCCGGGGCCGAGGCCGCUGCCGCUCUCGCCGACGCCGACGCCGACCUGGAGGAGCGGCUGAAGAACCUGCGGAGGGACUGAGAGCCAGAGAGGCACCCGGGGGCACCCGGGGCUAGGGGGGUUGGGGGA